CAUUAUAUUUUAUUUAUAUAUGGUUGAUUUAUUUUUUUGCAGAGACACUGUGUGUGGGAUCCUCAAUAUGAAUCUGAUGUUGAGCGCAUUUUUCAUCGUUUAGCAAGUUCACGUCUGUCAGAUAUGCUAUAUGAUGAACGGAAGAAUAUUGCUGAAGACCGUUCUUAUCGCCCUCAUUGGAUCGCCGAAGACCAUUGGCGUGCCUUGCUGUCCUAUUGGGCUACAAAUGACAGAUAUAAAAAGUGCUCCACGGCUAAUAAAAGGAAUAGAGCAAAUUCAAGACAAGCGCGCCACACACAAGGUUCUGUUACUAGUGCAACCCACGCGAGACAUAUGGCAAAAGAUCUUGGAAGAGAUCCCUAUGUAGACGAGCUUCAUCGAGAAAACCAUAUUAUACUUGGUACGGAUGUCUACGUUGAUGAUUGCUCCUAUAAUACACAGGUAGCUUUUUGGGAGGAGGUACGACUAUUCUUGGAAGAGUCACGAGAAUAUUCGACCUAUGAAGAAUUGCCUGAUGCGAUCAAGCUGGAACUUUGGAGGAAGGUAUCAGGACCCGGGACAAAGCAUAAGUGGUAUGGUCUUGGUCGGUAUGCUCCCUCAUGGAGCAUGGAUCUGUAAUCAAUGAGCCUUCAUUUGGAGAAGGGUCUUCAAGUAACCAGGAAACGUUGCCUCCUCAUGUGAUUGCCCAGAUAGAACAUUUGACACAGGAGUUACAGGCUCGUAAGCUAAUGGAACAAGAGUUGCGGGACAAGAUGGAAUGGGACGCUGAGCAAUAUAGAGCAUUUCAAGAAAGCGGUGAUCGACAGUUUGAGGAAUUGAUCGCAAGCACAUCAAGGCGAGUUGGUGUUGAAGAAAAUGGUUCAGAUGAGUCACACAAUCCCAACAUUGAGGAGGAUGAAAGUGAUGACACCAAUUAAAUAUAAUGCUUCAGAUGAGAAGAAUAUUUUGACUACUUUAUUUAAAUAUGAUGCUUUAGAUAGUUUUAGGCUAGUUUUGUGGACUAUGUGAAUGCUGCAGUUUGAUAUUGCAGCAACUAUGUUCUUUUGUUUUGGCUGUAGUUGAUGCUGCAGUGGCAGUUAUUAGGUUCUGUUUUGGCUGGUGGCCCUUUGUGUUCGAUUUUGAUGCAGGGAUAUGCUAUUGUGGCCCUUUGUGUA